UUUGUUUUCGUCACAAGAGUACUUAUCUUGGUUAAUUAAAUACGCUGAUCGUGCGUGGCUUCAGACAUCAAUCUACAUCUCUUUUUCUCGGCAGUUCUUGUUUGUGUUUUGGAUUCAGAAGAAAUGGAGGUGAAAGCGAGAGCUCCGGGAAAGAUAAUACUCGCAGGGGAACAUGCUGUUGUCCAUGGAUCCACUGCAGUAGCAGCUGCCAUUGAUCUCUACACUUACGUCACUCUACGCCUUCCUCUUCAAUCAGCUGCUGAGAACAAUGAUAGGCUUACACUUCAGCUCAAGGACCUUUCCUUGGAGUUUUCCUGGUCCGUUGCCAGACUCAAAGAAGUGAUUCCUUUUGAUUCAAACACUUCUACACCAGCUUCAUGUUCAGGCGAUACCCUUAAGUCGAUUGCUGUUUUGGUUGAAGAGCAAAAUAUUCCAGAGGAAAAAAUCUGGCUGUCCUCUGGGAUCUCCACCUUCCUCUGGCUAUACACCAGUAUCAGAGGAUUCAAUCCAGCUACGGUCAUCAUUACAACCGAGCUUCCAUACGGAUCUGGCCUCGGUUCAUCAGCAGCUUUCUGUGUAGCUCUCACAUCUGCUCUCAUUGCAUCUUCUAUCUCAGACAAAACACACCGUGAAGGUUGGUGUUCUCUAGAUGAGACCAAUCUCGAGUUGCUGAAUAAAUGGGCCUUUGAAGGUGAAAAGAUCAUCCAUGGGAAGCCUUCUGGGAUCGACAACACCGUCAGUGCAUACGGCAACAUGAUCAAGUUCUGCUCAGGAGAGAUAACUCGGUUACAGUCAAACAUGCCUCUGAGAAUGCUAAUCACCAACACUAAAGUGGGACGGAACACGAAGGCUCUGGUCUCUGGUGUAUCAGAGAGAACUGUCAGACAUCCAUAUGCUAUGAAGUCAGUGUUCAAUGCCGUUGACUCUAUAAGCAAAGAGCUAGCUGCGAUCAUCCAAUCUAAAGACGAGGUCUCGGUUACUGAGAAAGAAGAGAGUAUCAAAGAACUCAUGGAGAUUAACCAAGGCUUGCUGCAGUCAAUGGGUGUUAGCCACAGCUCUAUUGAUACCGUGAUCAGAACCACGCUUAAGCACAAGCUUACCUCAAAACUUACUGGAGCUGGAGGUGGUGGCUGCGUCCUCACUCUGUUACCUACAGUGGUUUCAGGGACGGUGGUGGAUAAAGCGGUGGAGGAGCUUGAGUCCUACGGUUUUCAGUGCUUCACUGCCUCAAUUGGUGGUAACGGAGCUGAGAUUUGCUUUUGAUCAGAUGCUAUAUGGUUUAACAAAAUCAUACUUGGCCUCUCACCAUUCUUAAACUUGCUCACCUCUACUAGAAGAAAGCUGCAGUUACAGAUAUAAAGAGUCCAUUUAUUUUUUUUACUACUGAUGUAUUGAAUGUAAAAUUUUAUUUACAGUGUUCUUUCUCUUGUUGUUUAAUUGUAGACAUGAAUGCAUUAUAAUGGACAUGUUGAAAGUAAGUAUGAAACUUUGCAUACAAGGUUACAUU